AUGAGUGAGAGUUUAAAUGCUUGGAUUGAUGAAUAUCGAUAUCUACCUGUUAUUAGAAUGUUUAAUGGGAUAAGGGUUAAGAUGAUGGAAAAAUGGGCUGAGAGUGAGCAAAAUGUGAGGAAUUGGAAAGGCAACUAUAGUCCAAAAUGUCUGGACUUAUUUGAAGCAAAUAGGUUGUUGUCCUCUACAUAUAGAGUUUUUUUCAAUGGGGAUGAGGGAUUUGAGGUGAUUGAGAGACAAGAUAGGCACACAGUAUGUCUCACUAGGAAAACGUGCACGUGCAGGGCAUGGGAUUUAACUGGAAUCCCAUGCCAACAUGCUAUUCGUGCUAUGUAUCACUAUAAACUAGAGCCCCUCACCCAUAUCUCACGCUACUACCACAAGGACACCUACAUUGCUAGUUAUAGGACAAAGUUUGCACCUGUGAGGGGCAAACAAUUCUGGGAUAUAGAACAGUUUAUCCCUAUGCUACCACCACCUGAGUGCACAUUGCCUGGCCAACCAAGGAAAAAAAGAAUCAGGACAGAAGAAGUAGCAAGAAGGAUAAAUAUUGCCUCUAGGAAAGCUGCUCAAGCUACGUCAAGUAAAGUUGGCAUGAGCAAUGGUUCAGAAACACCACUUGUCGAAAGAGUAUGCAAACGGGGACAAGUCAACAAAUGUGGCUUUUGCAGGAAAGUUGGGCACAAUAGAAGCACUUGCACAGAGGCACCUCCCUCAAAUAAGCCUCGACCUGGUAGAAGGAGAAAAACAGCCAACCAAGGCACAACACAGCAACCAUCCAAUCCCACUUCACCUUCAUAG